UAUAACGACAUCGACCAUAGACCUAUUCGAGUUAGCACAGCAGUGUUUCUUUAGUGUACCUACUACCUAUUUUUUUUUUUUUUGUAUCUUCGAAAAACUAAGUAGGUACACGCGGCCACACUUCACUUCACAGUUUUAACGUUCUUCUAGACGGCUAUAGUACCUACUGCGCGCUCGCAUUCGCUGUGCAUCACUCGAUAUGCGAUAUAUUUAUAGGCAGACACGUGCGAUUAUUUUCGACAAUAAGAAUUUACGAGUAUAACAGGUCAGGUUUAAGUACGUCCGGUCCGAUUGUCAAAUAUAAAUUCAUAAUACUAGUUUGUUUUUUUUUUUUUUUCAUUACUCGAAUCGUUCGGUCGAUUUAAUAAUAAUGAUAUAUUAUACGACAAAAAUAUGUAUAUUUUUUUAAUCUCGGUAUUUGAGUGUAUAUAUAAAUAAACAUAGCGAUCGAAUACGCGUCUGCUGCAGAUCGCAGGAGGUGUUAUAAUUAUGUGAGUGCCAGUUCAGCUUUUGUAUGUAAAUUUUUGUUUACAUUUUUUUCCGAUAACCAUAGAACUUUUUUCGUGUGAUAUAAGGUACCUAUACAGUAUACAUAAUAUUAAACGUUUCGAGAAAUGCAAUAUGCACAUACUUAUCGUUCCUUUAUAUUAUUGUAUAAGUACCUAUGUGUUGCAUACCAUGUGCGGUGACGUAUUUAAAAAUUCAUUAACAAGAUAUUGAAUUUGGAAAUGUGUCAUAUUAUAUAUAAUUUAUAUCCACUAUCUAGGCUAAAAAAAAAGGAUGUAUAACACAAAUUUGCCCUUAAAUUGUCAUUGUAAUCAAAUAAUAACUAGGUAUAAAUAAUUAAUCACUUUAUUUACUAUUUAAGUGUUAUAAUAAAUAUAAUCUCUUUCGUAUUAUAGUGUUUCAGAUAGGUUAUGUUUUAAAAAAUAAAAUGUACACGUUCGGCGUGAAGUAUAUAAACUAUAGGAGCAAACUCAUUAAAUUGUUGAUUUUGCUGACUAAAAAGUAAAUAAAAAUUUGAAUUUAAAAACGAAUUUUCAUAUAAACAAAAGGUAAAAAAACAAAGAUCAAAUUGGAAAUUAUAUAUUUCCCGAAUCUCCUGUCGAAAAUACGUCACUGUCAGUGCAUACGAAUUGUAUGCCGAAAAAAUAAACAUAAAUUAGAACGUCCGAUUACAUGCCAUUUUACAAAGAAGUCUGUUCAAAUAGUAUGCUGUAUAUAAUUUUACUUAUCACAACUUCAUUCAUUCACUUUCCAAUUUUUUCUAAUUUUUCAAAAACAGAAAAAUAAUUAUAAUUAUUGAAAAACAUAAAAUUUAUUUAGUCAUAAAUUCACCAAGUUUGUAUUAAUUAAUGAAUUAAAAUUAAAGUUACAAUUUCCUUCCCACUUUUGCAGACUUAGGACUGACAGUAAAAACUUAAUCGUUAUAUUGGUAUGGUUAAAAAUAUGUUUUAUUUUUUUAAUUUCAUAUUGUUAAUUAUUUUAAUAUUUUGGUUAUGUAUGAUUAUAGUAUCGUCUAUAUUGGCAUUUCCAACAUCAUAUAUGUCAUAUUUAUAUUGUUGACAAUGCCAGUGUAUGUUAAUUUGUGUACAUACAUUUUUCUUUUAAUUUCGUUAUUUUGAAAUUGGGUCGUCACUGAACUUAUAUUAGUUCAUCUAUAUCUAAUAUUUCUCGACGUCUUUUAUUUAAAUAUCGCAUUGCAAUUGCUUUAAGACAUCGACUAGUUGAAAUAUAUUAGAACUUGGAGAGUAAAACUACAUGCUAUUCAGUCUGGAAUAGAAUGAUUCACAAAUAUUGGUUGUACAAUGCGUAGAAUUAGAAAAUUUGGCCCAAAAAUAUAGUGAAAAUGAACAGUUGGCCAUUACAUAAGUUUCUAAGAAGCAACUAGUCACUAGAUCAUCAUUGGGUUGAAUUGCUAUUAAGUUGUUUGUAAAACGAUCAUCUACAAUAUUUAAAUUUAAGAAUGCUAGUACAAAAAAUCAUUUUAAUAAAACAUUCCGAUUUCUGUUUUCUUUUUAAAAUUUAUACAUAGACCUACUGAUUGGGUUUUUUUUUCAUAUACUCUACCCAAAGUGUAAACGACAUCCUUUUCAUGUAUUGUAUUUGGAAAAACGGUUAACAGUGCAGAACGAAUAGCUAGUUCAAAGUCAGCGUAAAUUAUUUGUGGCGAUAAGUUUAAGUUCAAAUAAAGUUCAUCUUUAUUAAUAAAUUAGUCAAAGCAUUUUCAUAAAUUUCUUUUGUUUUCCCCGUUAGUUAAAAAGGAACACGUGUAUAGUGUCAUCUGUGGUACAUGUUCUAAUAUUUCCCAUUAAUAGUUCACAAUGCAGGUAUUUUACUAGGUUUCAAUAUGUACUCUGUGGUAAAAUUAUUAGAUUUAACAGAAAUGCUUGGAAAUUUAACACGAGGUUCAUUAAGAGUCUUACCUUGUGGUCAAAAAAAGAAAAUUUGAGUUUAAUUUAGUAUUUUUUUUAUAAAGGAAUUUUAAUAUCAAAUUUUGAUGAAAAUCGUUGAGUAAAAAAUUAUGUGGAACAAAUCUAAAUUUUAAUUUUUUUUUUUUGUUUUGAACAUAUGUAUACUGCUGAUUUCAUUCAGAAUGAUGGUGAAGUCAUAACUGAGCAGACUGACUAAGUUUCAAAAUUAUAGCUUUUUGAAUUUCUAAUAUGUGGAUACUAUAUUAUGUUGUGUUAAAUAAUUAAAUAUUGUCUCCUUUAAAAAAUGUUUGUCGUUGAUGAAUAUAUAUAUAUUUUUAUCCUAGGGUUCACGAGUUUUAAUCCUUGUUUUGAAAAUAAACUUUUUGACAAUUUUUUUUUCCUUUUCUCUAAACAAGGAAAAACCAAAUGCAUUUUAGGUGCACCUAGAGACCCAAACCAUCGCUCGCUCGGACUAUUUUAAACGCAAAAUACCCCUCGAUUUGUUGUGCAAACUUUUUUACCAAAAUCAUGUGUAGCUUAUUUUUUGAAAGGAAAUCUUAUCUCCAUGGUGGUAUUGAUUUUCCCAGAAGUUUUUCCAACAAAUAUGAAAAACCGAGAAAAACGGGAAAACCGGUAAAAUAUGAAACAAAUAUUAUUAAAGAAAAUAUAUAGUGCCUAUUCAAUUAUUUUUAAAAUAAUAUUACAUGUAAAUUGUUGACAAAGCAUCAACUGAACUGCACUCUGAAUCGUUUUUUCGUUAGCAAUGGUUUAUCGUUAUAGAUAUACAUUAAAUUAUCUAUAACAGUGGCUGCACCCGACCCCAUUAUCUUAGGUUGUCUUUUUUUUUUUUUUUACUGAAUAUAUUUUCAACUUGUGAAUUCGUGUCAACGUUCCCCUUUUUUUUUUUUUUUACACAAAAGGAUAUUCUUUGACGAAAUAAAUACCUAAUUUGACACCGUGUAUAAUUUUUUCCAUCGUUCGGCUCGGAUGGAUGAAAUAAAUAAUAUAUUGUUGUAGAUACCAUAUAAUUUUGUUUUUGUAUGUUAUUUUUAUAUUAUAAAAUAUACUUAAAAUAUUUUCCAUUCGUCACAACGUUUACGUAAUGAUUAUAUUGAUCUUACAUAUUUUGGUAUUGCAUGUUUUGUUGUGAGUUCUAAUAUUAGAACUGGUAUAUACCAGUGUUCAUUAUAAUAUUCGAAAAUCAGGUAAAUAAAAAAAAUUAACCGAAAUGCUAGAACAAAAACAAAAUCAAUGAUUGUUUUUACACAUUUCUAUUUCCCAAAUUUAUUGUGAAAUAUUCGUACAACAAAGUUAUUUUAUUCCAAAUAAAAAAUGUGGAUGUGACAUAUUAUAUUUGAUUAGAGUCAUGAAAUUUUACGAAAAAAAACUCUUCAUACUCAGCAAAACUUCGCCAGUCGAAAUUUAAAUUUUAACUUCGAUUAACGAGGUUUCGUUGGGUAGUCGACGUUUUAUUUGUCUAGAAAAUCAUCACGUGCGCGUGAAAAUAUAACACUAAUGUAGGACGUAUGUCUACGAGGAUUUCUAAUACUACAGGCAAUGAUGUUCUAUCAUCAUUACAUCAUCACGUGACUCAUUAAUAUCUACGAAUCCGAUGAAUCGAUUCGCCACAGGCUCUCAAUCUAUAAUGAUAAAGAAAAUAACAUUCGUACGCCCGUAGAGAAACGCGCUAAAUCGAAGUUAUUCAUCGCGUACGCCCCGAAGUAACUGUUUCUACCGCGACGCGUCACUUCUGAUUGUCUGCGGGACACCCAAGAACAAUAAUAAUAAAAUAUAAUAUUAUCAUAAUAUACACAUCUACAUAAUAAUGAACGAUUAAUAUCACCUGCAUGUUAUACAUAUAUAGGUGGUUAUUAUUGACAUUUAUUGUAAGUACGCAAACGAUAACAAUUAUUAAAAUUUGUGCAACUAUAAGUGGUAAAUGCAUCCACACCCAAUACUUAUAUUCUUAUACGGGUCAAAUUUAGAACUUGACUUGUGGCUGUUCGAUACGAGAGAACGGCGAAGACUUGCGGGUUACUGUGGAGGCGUAAACGAUACAAUUGACGUUAUAAUGUCUGUGCAAAUGGUAAAGAGGUUGUGCCAUACCAAAACGAUUUUAACUUCGAUUAAAAGCCGUGUAAAAUCAACCGCGGCGACGACUGCCGAAGACGUUAUCACGGCGAACGUAUCGUCGUCACAAGAAGACGACGUACAAAUGUCGCAGGCUAAAGAAUAUUCGCAACUGCCAGGUCCCAAAUCGUUGCCGCUGUUGGGCAACAGCUGGAGAUUCAUGUCGUAUAUCGGUAAUAAUAAGUUUAUAAAUUAUAAAAGAUUAAACAAAUAUUCUAAGUAUUUUCAGAACACUUUUGUAAUUUUGUAUAAUAUGCAUGUUGUAAGUAUCAAGGAUGUGCCUUUGGGAGGUUUUCACUUCCAACCCUCGCUCCUCAAGUCCACUGUCUGCAUAUUAGCAAAAAUCUCGAAAACUAUUUUAUCUAUUUUGAUGAACCUUUUUUGUUCGGUUCCUUAUCAUUACCGAAAAUGUAUUGGAUAUUUUUUUAUACCCAAAAUUGGGGAGAGGUAUUCAACCGUGAAAUAGAUUAAAGGGCAGACGUGGUCAAUGGGUGUCUAUAAUGAAUACAAAUCAUAAAUAAACACAAAUUUAAUUUAAUUAAGUAUAUAAUAUUAUAAACAACCAUGAGCAACUCUGGCAACUGUUUUAGAUCAAUUAUAUAAGAAAAAAAAUGUAAUAUUCUAACGGUAAUAAUAGUUAGGUGGAAAAUUCGACUCAAAUGACGGAGCUCUGCUGUUCAUUAGUAAUUUAUCAGAUAAUUUUAUAUUACCAAUUUGUAUUUGUAUAGGCGAUUACAAAGUUACUGAAAUAGAUAAACUUUCGUUGAGAUUGUGGAAAGAGUACGGGGACAUUGUGAAAAUCGAAAAACUUCUCGGCAGACCGGAUAUGGUGUUUCUGUACGACGCGGACGAAAUCGAAAAAGUAUUUCGAAACGAAGAACUCAUGCCGCACCGGCCGUCUAUGCCUUCGUUGAAUUAUUACAAGCACGUGUUGAGGAAGGAUUUCUUUGGCGAACUGGCUGGCGUUAUAGCCGUGUAAGUGCAGCAUAUUUUUACAUUUAUAUUUAAUGAGUGUACGUAUUGAACUUAUCUAACUUAUCCAAUUAUCUUUACUUAUAAACAUGUAUACCGAUAAAUUAUUCUAAAAUUAUUACGAGUAAACUACUAAAUAUACCUCGUUCUAAAUUAUAAAACGAGUAGGUAUGUAUAUAUUAUAUAAGUACGCCAGAGUACGCAUUAUAGAUGAAGUAUACCAACUUAUAAUUUUAGGUCACACACAUUUGGGUUUAAGUAAACGUAAUAUGUAGGCAUAAUCAUAAUGCGUGACCAGAAAUCUUUGUACGUUUUAUCAAAAUAAUAAACCGAAUGAUACCAACCUACAUGGAAUUAUUGAUUUCACUAACAUCAGUACUAAUAUAAUUAUUAUUCUAGACACGGCGAGAAAUGGUACGAAUUUCGAACCAAAGUGCAACAACCCAUGCUACAACCGAGAACAGCAAAAUUUUACAUAGGGACUAUUGAAGAUACAGCAAUAGCCUUUGUUAAUAGGUAGGUAUCAUAACGUAUUGUUUAUAAUUUAAUUAAGUAGGUAUUUAUAAUAAUCAUAAUAAUAUUAGCGAACAUUUUAUUAUUAUUAUAUGCCUAUGUAUUAUAGAACAAUUAAUAUAGUAUUUUAAAAAGUAGAAAAAUAAUAUAUUUUUAUUUAAGGAUCAAGAAAAUAAAAAAUAAAGAUCAAGAAGUUCCAGACGAUUUUUUAAAUGAAAUUCACAAAUGGUCACUUGAAUGUAAGGUUAUAAUAUUUAUCUUCUAUUGUCUUUAAGUACCAACACAAAAACGAAUACACUUAUAAAUUAUAUUUCUAUAGCUAUAGCCCGAGUAGCGUUGGAUCAAAAGCUCGGAUGUCUCGAAGACGAACACACCGUAGAUUCAGACACGCAAAAUUUAAUAGACGCUAUAAAUAUAUUUUUCGCAAACGUCCCGGAAUUGGAGUUAAAAAUACCAUUUUGGAAGUUAUUUAGUACGCCGACUUGGCGAAAGUAUAUAAAAGCGUUGGACACUAUUACCAAGUAAGAAUUAAAAUCAAUACGCAGAGAUCAUUUUAUAAAUGGAUUAUUUUGACUACUUAUAUUUAAGAUUUAUAUUCAAAUACAUGUUUUUGAACACUCCUUAUUGAUACAAAAUAAUAAACCGAUAUUUUAUAAUUUACAUUUCGGCACAAUAUUAACCCGCAUAGUAACAAAAUGCGGACCCGUGCACGUGACGAAAUUGGUUUACAAAAAUACGCGCGAGUGUGAUACACAAUCAAUUUUAAAAGAAUUAAAUAAAAAUUUACAUUAUAUUUUCUCACCGAUUUGUUUUGAAGUAAUUCAUUUUUUAGGGCUGUAGGUUCAAUUUUAAAUAAUAAUAUUGUAACCAACCAGGGACGGGUUAAGAUAACAUGGGAAUUGGCGGUAGGGCGAUAUUGAAAAUUCAUUUAAGGCACACAUUUUUGAUGAAACUUAAACUAAGAGUAUAUUCCAUUUACUAUGAAAACCCCUAAAAAAAUCAAAAAAUGACCGCUCUAAAAUACUAUCCCAGAAAAAUUCUCUUUUAGAAAAGGUGCUAUACUUGAAACUUCAGAGCAGGAUUUCUGGUAGAAUUUGUAAAACCAUUACAUUCUUCGGUACACUCAAAAUCGAAAAUCAGAAGAGGAGCUGCUUGUGUUCCCCUUGUGUUAUUAUUAUAAUAAUAAUUAUUAUUAAUUAAUAUUAUUAGAUAGAAGUAGGGGAUCUAAUUUUUUUAUCUAACCUAUACAUUUUUUACUUUUUUUGAGCGUAACUUCCAAACAUAUAAACCGAUCGUUGGAUCAGUUAAUAUCGCAAAAAUCAUUUUGUCCUGACGACCAAUCAUCGUUAUUACAAAGAGUGCUCAGUUUGGAUCCGUCGAAUCCGAAGUUGGCUCAGAUACUUUCUUUGGACAUGUUCAUCGUCGGAAUAGAUACGGUACGUAUCAUACACAUAUUUAGGCCUGGAUCAGCACCUUUGCAAUCAAAUACUUUUUUUCUACAUUAGAUUUAAAAUAGUUUUGUAAAUUAUCGAAAUAUCGCCGUUUCAUCUAAUAUAAUGCGUAAAUGAUUAGUUAGUAUAUUUUUAUAUAUUUCAUUGCAAUGCACGAAUUGGAAAAAUAAAAGAAGAGGGAUUACACAAUGUUUAAAAAUUUAACACAGGGUUUAUUAGGAGUUACAAAUUUACAAAUAAUGGAAAUAAAAAAAUUCAGCAUAGCAUCGUAAUUUUUUUUUUUUUUUUCAAGCGCCUAAAGUACAAAUUUUAAUGAGAAUGCGUUUUGUAAAAAAUGCAAAAUAGGUACCUACCAUCUCAUAUACGUUCCACUAAAGAAAAAAAUAGUUAAGGUAUACUCCACAUCCCCCCACACCAAUUCGAGCACUGUUUCAUUGAGAAUGAAUAUAAUAAUUAUAUCUAUGAAUAACUGUAAUUAUUACUGAUUACUGGUUUACAGACGUCUGCAGCGCUCGCGUCAAUUCUUUAUCAAUUAAGUCGGUAUCCCGAUAAACAAGAAAAACUCAGGAAAGAAAUUCAAACCGUAUUGCCAGAUGCCAACACGAAAAUAACUUCCGACAAACUUGAACAAUUGCAAUAUCUAAAAGCGUGUAUUAAAGAAACAUUAAGGUAAAAAAAUUGAGUAGCUACCUAUCUAUACAUUAUUAUAAUGUACGUAUAGUGGUAUAUUUAUUUAGUUUUAUUAUUAACUACCGAUCUACGAAGAUUUUUAGCAGGUUUGAUUUCGUUUUCUUUUAGUUUAAACAAAUUAAACGAUAAACGAGUAGGAGUUGAUAUUUAAAAACGUGGUUUAUCAUCUUGUAAAUCUAUACAUAUAAAAUCCAAAUACCACUGACUGACUGAUCGCUGUAUCUCAAAAACUACGUAACGUACGGACUUGAAAUUUGGAAUACAGGUUCUUCUCGUAGUUUCACCGUGCAAUAAGGAGGGAUUUUCAAAAAUGUUGCGUUUUAGUGGAGUAAUUAACGAUUAUAAUUAUUCACCGCCGAUACGUAUUGUGCGGCACGGCGGCCCGCGGGUCUCCAGCUACCUGCAACCUAUCCUUUUUGUUCGUCCUCGUCCGGUCGUCGUGUAGAUAAGAAUAACGAUUCCGAGAAUAAAAUUGUUCCGAGAAGUUUAUCGAUAAUUAUGAAUUUAAGACGGUAAAUGGGGUAAUACAUGGCGUUAUCUAAUUUGUCACGAAUUUGUUUCCGGGCAACGCCGGGUAAUUCAGCUAGUAAAAUCAUGUAACGAUUAUAUUAUAAUGACGNAAAAAAAAAAAAAAAAAAAAAAAACUAAAAUCUAAAUAUUUAUUCACAAUUUUUGUACUUUAAUAAUACGCUACGAUUUCAUGAUGAUAGAACUAUUAGUAUGUACUAGUACUAUCAUGGCUAUAAAUAUUAAUAUUAUAUCUACAGCCAUUAUAACUACGGCUAAGUUGGAUCUCAGUCUGUGCCAUAUAAUGGGACCCAUAAUUAAAAUAGGGUUCGUAUGAUUUUAAUAUUUUUCUUGUUUUGUAGAAUGUAUCCAGUGGUUAUUGGAAAUGGCCGCUGCAUGACCAAAGAAACGAUAAUAAGUGGAUACAAAAUUCCAAUAGGCGUAAGUGUCAAUAACUAUCAGUACCUUUAAUAAUACCUACCAGUGGUGUAGCGAUAGGGUGGCAUGACGGGCAAUGUACCACGGGCUCAUGAUAUUUAAGGGCCCCAAAUCCGGACAUUAUUGGACAAGUGAAGGCAUUUUUCGAAUGACCUUUUCUUUUCUUUUUUUUUAUCAUAGGCCUUUAUACAAUAUUUUGCUACGGACAUUAGAAGUUCUAGUUAUGCCUUACGCCACUGGUACCUACUUAUUAUCAGAUGAUAUUAUUAUACUAAAAAUUAAAUUAGGUAUAUGUUGUCAGUAGCGGAUUUCAAUGAUUUACUUGAAAGGGCUUUGAAAAGUCAUAAGUUUAAUGAAAUAUAUCUAUUAAUAAAUGCCUCUUUUUUGGAUGACAUUUCAUUGAAAUCGUAUCGGUGUCUAGGGGUGAAAUCCAUACCCCUCUGGACCCCCUCACUGUAUAUAGUAAUAUUUGUAUUGGAUGCCUUUAAUGGGUGGGGGGUAAGAGGUUUAAGGGCCAUUAAGACUUUUCACAUGUUUUUUUUUUUUGGGGGGGGGGUAUUUUAUAAGCUAUAAAAAACGUCUUAUUGUGUUUCUGUAAACUGGACCACUAUAUAUACUUAUAAUUUAUAAACAAUAAACAUAUUACUUAUUUUAUUCUAGGUGCAAGUGGUAUUUCAGCAUUACGCCAUUAGCAACAGUAGUAAAUAUUUUUCUCAACCGGAACGGUUUUUACCAGAGAGGUGGUUGAAAGGAAGUGGUUACAAACAUCAUCCGUUCGCGAGUUUACCCUUCGGAUAUGGGAAAAGAAUGUGUUUAGGCCGCAGAUUCGCCGAUUUGGAACUUCAAACAGUCGUAGCAAAAGUAUGAUGUGAUUACCCGCAUAUAUAAUAAUUAUAUAGGUACCUAAUACAUACGACAAGUAAUAUUCAUUUAAUUUUAUGUUUUGUUAAAGAUUUUUCAAAAUUUUGAAGUCCAGUACGAGUAUGACGAUUUGGAAUACACCGUUCAUCCAAUAUACAUGCCAAACGGUCCACUGAAGUUUAAAAUGAUUGAAAAUUGAUAACUACCUACCUAUAAAUCAUACAUUCACUAAAGAAAUUGUAUAAUAUUUUGUUAUUUAUUAUUAUUAUAAUAAUUUUAUGUUGUAGUUACUUACUAUUUUUACAUUACAUUUACCUAUUAUUAUUUAAUUAAAUAUACUUACUUCUUCUUUUUCUCCUUCGCCUUUACCCCAAUUAUUUGGGAUCAGCCAUUCUCGUCCUAAACUUCCACUUCAUCCGAUUCCCCCAUUGUCCCCACAAACACCCACUAUCCUCAUACAAUUGUCAUUUGUCAAGCACAUUCAAUCACCUCUUUUUUGGUCUCUCUCUCCUUCUCUUUUCUCCUACGUAUAAUUGUAUUAAAUUUCUUAUACUGCCUUUAAUUCAUCUAUCCGCAUAACAUGGCCAAACCAUUUCAGUCUAAUUUCUCUCAUUUUGUCCACUUCCAAAGCCACACCUAAGCUACCUCAUCUGACCUCUCAACCUCUGUACUUAUACUUAACCUAUUCUAUCUUCUCUUGUCACUUCACUUAUCCACCUAAGCAUUUUUAUCUCUGAUUCACUUAAUCUCUGUUGUUUUUUUCUGUCUUCGAAACAAGAAUUUGGUAGAAUUGUUG